UCUAUUAGUUGUUUAUGCGCUCUCGGAGUAACCGUCUUCUACUUCCUGUCAGGCGUGACGGUGCGCUGUACUGUCGCUUCCGGGUCAGAUGUUUCCCGGCGGCCGGGCCCUCAGAACUACCGGUUUCGAGAAGCGUCCGGACGAAGGCCGGCUUGAGCCGAUGUUGAGGCGCCACCGUUGCCGGCUGGGAGGUCGUGGGGCGGCCGCCGCCGCAGGGAGAAGCGGCUGCCACGGAGCGUAGUGACGGGCCGAGGGGGAAGGGGCAGCCGAUGCUGGGCCGGAGCUCGCCAUGGAUAAGAUCCUGGAGGGGCUGGUGAGCUCGUCGCACCCACUGCCGUUGAAGCGCGUGAUCGUGAGGCGGGUGGUGGAGUCGGCGGAGACGCCGCUGAGCGGGCCGCAGUGCCGGGCCAUGUUCGAGCUCAGCACCCGCCUCAUCCUCCAGGGGCCCGACCAGUUCCAGCGCCUGGUCGGGCGGCAGGUGCUCGAGGCCUACGCUCGCCACCACCGCGAUGACUUCGAAGCUUUCUUCACGCGCAACCUGGUCCUGGCCUUGCUUCAAGGGGGCGGCCCGGCGUCGCCGUCCCCUCCGACGCCGUCGCCCGGCCUCGGGCCCAACCUGGACCCGGCAGUGCUGGAUUACAUCCAGACUGGCCUACGCCUGCUGAUCAGCUGCCCGGCGGUGCUAGAUCUCUUCGCGCUGCUCCAAGAGGAGGCCUUGCGGCUCGUGGGCGAGAGGCCCCCGGCGGCCCUGUGCGCUCGCUUCUGCCAGCUCUUGAGCGAUUUCCCGCAGUGCCUGCCUCGGGGCAGGAAGCCUGCGCUCGCCUUCUGCCAGCAGCUGGUGCGCAGCAUCGCCCACUUCCAGACGCAGGGCACCCGCGAGGCCGAACUGCGCCUUUACGUCUCCCAAGUCACCCAAGUCAGCAGCCUCCUUCGGAGCAUCUGGAAGGCCGAGCCCGACACACUGCUGCCCUCUUUGCAAGAGCUCUUCGCCAUCAUCUCCUCCACUGAUACUUCUUUUGAACCCUCGGUUGCCUUGGCAAGUCUGGUGCAACAUAUCCCAUUACAGAUGAUUACUGUGCUUAUUGGAAGCCUUACUACAGAUCCAAAUGUAAAAGAUGCAAGUAUGACACAAGCUUUGUGCAGAAUGAUUGAGUGGCUGUCCUGGCCAUUGGCUCAGCAUGUGGAGACCUGGGUGAUAGCACUGCUGAAAGGACUAGCUGCAGUCCAGAAGUUUACCAUCCUUAUUGAUGUUACUUUGCUUAAGAUUGAACUGGUUUUUAAUCGACUUUGGUUUCCUCUUGUGAGACCUGGUGCUUUGGCUGUCCUUUCUCACAUGUUGCUUAGUUUUCAGCAUUCUCCAGAGGCUUUUCAUAUGAUUGUACCACAUGUGGUCAAGUUGGUAAAAUCCUUCAAAAGCAAUAGCCUGCCCUCCAGUGCCACAUUCCUAGGACAGCUUAGUGAGUUAAUACACUGUAUGAUGUAUCAUUACUCUGGAUUCCCAGAACUCUAUGAACCUAUUUUGGAAGCUAUCAAGGAUCUUCCCAAACCCAGUGAGGAGAAAAUUAAAAUGAUACUGAAUCAGAGUGCCUGGACAUCUCAGUCCAGUUCUUUGCAGUCUUGUUUGUCUGGAUUUUCUGGAAAAUCUGAAACAGGAAAGACUGGUCUGAUUAACUUAGGAAAUACAUGUUAUAUGAACAGUGUGAUUCAGGCAUUAUUCAUGGCGACAGAUUUCAGAAGACAUGUAUUGUCAUUAAAUCUAAAUGGGUGCAAUUCAUUAAUGAGAAAGCUGCAACAUCUUUUUGCAUUUUUGGCUCAUACUCAGAGGGAAGCGUAUGCUCCUCGGAUUUUCUUUGAAGCUUCAAGACCACCAUGGUUUACUCCUAGAUCUCAGCAGGACUGCUCUGAGUAUCUCAGGUUCUUGCUAGACAGGCUGCAUGAAGAAGAGAGGACUUUGAAAGCUCUCUCAUCAUCAAAACUUUCAGAAGAUGUGAAUGAAGAGUCUCUUGUCCAGGAGGUCUCCAACAAGACUCAGCUAUUGACCAAGCCAUCUUGCACAGUAACGGAGGAGAGAACCUUGAUAGAGAAAAUGUUUCGAGGGAAAUUGCAAACAAGUAUUUGCUGUUUAAACUGCAAAAGUACUUCUCAGAAAGAAGAGCCCUUCACAGAUCUCUCACUUGCUUUCUGUCCCCCAGUAUUCUUGGACAGUGUUGACCCACCUAGUGCAGAAAAUUUAUCUGAAGGAAAAGAUGAUUCCAUGGAACAAGUCAGUCCUAGAGCACUCAACCCUGUGGCGGAAACUGCAUCUGAUGUUCUAGCAGUUGGUGACUGCUGUGGAAUGGUCACAAAUGAUGGAAUGUUGAAAGAUCUCCCUGUUAACUCAAACUGUGAAAAUGCUACAGAUCCGUUUACGUGCAAGACUGAAGACAGAGAUAGUUUGGGGAAAAAUGCCAGUGAGGCUGCUCCUUCAGUUACAGACUUGUUAAAUUAUUUUCUGGCACCUGAAAUUCUUAAAGGGGAAAACAAAUACUAUUGUGAAAAAUGUGUCUCCCUACAGAAUGCAGAAAAGACUAUGCAAAUUGUGGAGGAGCCAGAAUACCUCAUUCUCACUCUUUUAAGAUUUUCAUAUGAUCCGAAGUGUCAUAUAAGGCGCAAAAUUUUGGACAAUGUGUCUCUUCCACUUGUUCUAGAAUUACCUGUCAAAAGAACUGUGUCCUCAAGUACAGUAUCGGGCAUGUGGUCUAUGGGUGUUGAGUUUUCUGACACUGGUGAGAAUCUAGCCAAAAAACUCAAGCCUUCUGGUGCUGAAGAAGUGGGUUGCCCUAAACUGGUCCCUUAUGUAUUAAGUUCUGUAGUUGUGCAUUCUGGCAUAUCUUCUGAAAGUGGGCAUUAUUAUUCUUAUGCCCGUAAUGUUGCCAGUUCAGGGCCUUCAUUGGGAUCUUUGGAUCAAGGCCAAAAUCUCUCUUUAGCUUAUCCACAAAACAGUUUAAUGGCUGGAGAGGCUCCUGUGGCAGCUGUUGAAAAGGAACUAGGUGACAGUGAUGUAUCAAAGGAAUGGUUUUUAUUUAAUGAUAGCAGAGUGACAUUUACCUCAUUUCAGUCAGUCCAGAAAAUAACAAGCAGAUUCCCCAAGGACACUGCUUAUGUGCUGUUUUACAAAAAACAAUACAGUACUUGUGCUCUCAGCACUAAAUCAGCCAAUGGACUCUGGAUCAAUGGAGAUCCUCCUCUACAGAAAGACCUUAUGGAUGCUAUUACAAAAGACAAUAAGCUUUACUUGCAGGAACAAGAGCUUAGUGCUCGAACCCAGGCCUUACAAGCAGCUGCAGCUUCAUGCUCCUUUCGACCCAAUGGAUUUGAUGACAACGACCCUCCAGGGAGCUGUGGGCCAACUGGUGGAGGAGGCGGUGGAGGUUUUAGUACUAUUGGGAGGCUAGUGUUUUGAGGAAGAAAGCAUCAAAGACAUUGGCCUUGGAACAGGUUCCACGACUGCUUAGGACUGUUAUCACUGAACUAUAUUAAAUAAUGUACCAAGCCUUUUUUUCAAGAUGUGAUCUUUGGUCUAAAGAGAACUUUUUUUAAAAAAAAAUUGAAAUAAAUAAGUGCAUCAUGGAGAAAUCUA